UCCAUUAACUGAGUGUGUAUCAUUAAGACUUUGUGCCUGACCGACAAGAUAUAAACUAUACAUGUCGCAGCGUUUUCUAUUUAUAUCACCAUUUUAUCCUACUACAUUGGUCUUGGAAGUUCUCACGAGUGGAAACAAAUGACUUUCAAACAUUAAUUACGAAUAGUGCCUUCAACAUUAUAUAUUAUUAUUCUCGGGAUUCUUGUAUUUUAAACUUUACUACUUUUUAUUCUUAUGUUACUAACAGCUAGUUAAUUCAUGAACUACAAUGACAAAUUUAACUGUGCUUCCACAACAUUUCAUGCCGUACUUGGACGUACCCAAAGAAAAGAAAUACAAACCCUGGUUGCCAACACCUCCGAGUCUUGUGGUUUUAGCUGGAGAUGCGGACAGCUUCGUUAAAAAUUUCAUUAAUGGUAGACGAUUGUUAUGGGUCGAUGCUUGUGUGUGCCCUAAGAUUGGAAUUCAUGACUUUGAUCACAUAAAGCGUAUAACAGCAAGUAUACGUAAAUUGUUCAACGUAGAGAGAGAGAUGAUUAAUCGAAGCAUAAGUUUACCACCCCAUUAUCCUCUUACGCAUUAUUUAUUAUUUCGAGUGCCAACGGGCCCAAAAAAGGAACGUACUACACGUACUCAAUUAUUUAGAGCGAUGAGUAUACUUGACAAAGAGAAACCUUGUCCCUUUGGGCACUGGGAAAUGAUCGAACCAAGUCAGCUUGACUUUCCUUGCAAUCGUUUUGGAUAUGUCAAACGCAAAUCCGUGUAUGACAGAGUGGAACAUAAUAGACAACCUCGUGACCAUACUUAUCUUAAAAGGUCUCUGAUGAAACCAAAUUAUUUCUAUCGAAUUGAUAUAAAAUAG